UGAUUCACUAUGGACGGAAGCGGGCCCUGAUGGAAGCUCGGAAACGAAAGAGUAUCCUGGAGAUGAAACGCCGCUUUCGAAUCCACCAUUCUAUCAUGUAAGCAAUUCAGAACAACGACAAUGUCUCAACGUGACUACCCAUCCAGUUUUUUGGUCGAUGGUCAUCAGGAGUUACCUGGAGAUGAUAGCACGUUCCUAUUCACCUCGGAAUCGGUCGGGGAAGGCCAUCCGGACAAGAUGUGUGACCUGAUUAGUGAUGCGGUUCUUGACGCGUACCUUGCGGUUGAUCGAAACGCGAAGGUGGCGUGCGAAACAGCAGCAAAGACCGGUAUGAUACUUCUCGCUGGAGAGAUUACAGCCAAUGGUACGAUCGACUACCAGCAGGUGGUGCGUGACACUAUCCAACAAAUCGGCUACGACUGCAGCUCAAAAGGAUUCGAUUAUAAGACAUGUAACGUUGUCGUAACAAUAGAGCAACAGAACCAACACAUUGCCAGUGGCGUGCACAAAAAUCGCGACGAGGAUUCGAUUGGGGCCGGCGACCAGGGUCUAAUGUUUGGCUAUGCAUCAGACGAGACUAACGAAUGUAUGCCACUCACGAUCGUACUUGCGCACAAAAUGAAUCAACGGCUUGCCGAACUGCGACGCAGUGGAACGUUCUGGUGGGCACGUCCCGACUGUAAGACUCAGGUGACGUGCGAAUACCGCUUUGAGAAUGGGGCUGCAGUUCCUUUACGGGUACAUACAGUGGUCGUAUCAACACAACAUAGUGAAAAAAUCAACGUCGAUGAACUACGUGAGCAAGUAUCAGAAUUGGUCGUCAAAGCCGUUAUACCGAAACGAUAUUUGGAUGAGCGGACAAUACUUCAUGUAAAUCCGUGCGGCACCUUUAUAGAGGGCGGCCCGAUGGGCGACGCUGGGUUGACCGGUCGUAAAAUUAUCGUUGACACGUAUGGCGGCUGGGGAGCACAUGGCGGAGGCGCAUUUUCCGGCAAAGAUCCCACCAAGGUGGAUCGUUCAGCUGCCUACGCGGCACGUUGGGUUGCCAAAUCAAUUGUCAAGGCCGGCCUCGCGCGCCGUUGUCUUGUUCAGCUUUCUUAUGCUAUAGGAAUAGCGGAACCAGUUGCUAUAUCUGUGUUUACUUAUGGUACUUCGACUAAAACACCUAAGCAGCUGCUGGAGAUUGUUAAAAAAAACUUUGAUCUUCGACCAGGGCGCAUUAUUAAGGAGCUUCACCUAAAAGAUCCUAUUUACUACAAAACGGCCGCAUACGGACAUUUCGGUCGGGAACAGUUUACCUGGGAAAAACCAAAGACACUUGUUAUUUAGGGGGAUCAGAAGAUACGUUAUGUACUAACUAUAGGCUUUCGCACGACCUACAGAAUAAAUUAUACUGAAAGCAAUGA